GAGAGAGAGAGAGAGCGAGAGAGAGAGAGAGAGAGGUGGGGGGGGGGCGGAGGCUGCAGCCAGUGUGCGGGAGGAGGCGAAGGACAGGCGGAUUGCGGCCACAGGCAGCCCCCGGGCACAGGGAGAUCCCGAGUACAGGGAGACGGCGAUGGCAGCAGCAGCGCAUUGAUGGAGAGUGGCACCAAUGAAGGAGGAAGCAGGAGGGUAGAUUCAUCGUGAAAGGGUCUGAGGAAAUUCAGCAAAGAUUACAGCUCCUUUAAGAUGACACGGACAGACCCACCGGACAUACUGGUAUCUACCGUGUAUCGAGAGAUUAAAGUCAGCCCAAUGCCAGGCGAGCCCAAAGUCUAUAAGGCCCAGCGUAAGUGUGAUGCCUCUAAGCUCAGCUCCUCUGCACAGGACAGCCAGCGCUACGUUCACAAGCGACAGUGUCGAAGCUUCGACUUCCUGCAGUCACUAGACGGACAGGCAGACUCUGGAGCGCCCAUGGAGGACUACUCAUCCGGGCGAGCUGAUCAACAGCCCACCAGUCCCGAGCCAGCCUGGGAUUCACUGGGGAGGCAGGUUUACUACCGGUCCUCAGCUCCCGAAAUCGUUGCCAACCGGCUGUGUGCCCACUCGGGGGAGCCCAGGGAGGCCUUCAGACCCGAGACCAAGAAGAGAGGCAGAUCCAAGAGUGCGCCCAGGGUAAAGACCACCUACCGGCCUGUGCCCGUGGAGGUAGGAUCUCCUGAGCUGUCCCGCAGGGGCCGUGAGGCCCUGCGGGGACACAGGGAUUCCCACAAGAGGAUGGAGGCCUCACCGAGGAGAGAUCUGCCUCACCCGGCCAGGACCAGGAUCAACGAGGUGCACCCCAUCAAGCUGCAGCCCCAGCGAGGCGAUGCCAGCCUGUACUCCCCUCUGUUUGUGAGUGAGAGCGCCGAGGGCUAUGAGGAAGGGCAAGGUGCCAAGCCUGGUGCAGGGGCUCACGUGCGGUACCGUGUCGACAUGAAACCCGAGGACCCGGUGAUGACCCCCUCCUCAAGGACGUGGAAGACCCCGCAGAAGCAGAGCACCGUGGGCAGCUGGCAUGGUCAACCUGGACGCAGUCUGACCGUCCCAGCUAACCGACGGGCAGCAAGGACUCACUCUCCAAGCGAGUCAUUCAGCGGCGAUUACUGGACGCUCACCGCUCACAACAACUGCUCCCCACACCGGUACUACCACCAGGACGAGGGCAGGAGGGGGAUCCCGCAGCUGGUCCAGACAGUGCCAGGCUUCAGUCAGCAGCCUUACCCUGAACCCAGGAGGCAGUCCCGUCCAGGGCCACAGCCCAAUAUCUACUGCACGGAGGAGCGAGCAAGGCCCUCACAGCAUCGCUACACUUCGCCAAUGCAUUACCAUGACUGGUGGGGCACGUACCGAGCUGCCCAUGCCCACCAGGGUUACAUAUCUCCAUGUCCUCCUUACUGGGAGGGCAGAGCGGGCACCCUCUCCCCUCACGGCUCCUACUACGGCAUCGACCAGCACAGACUGGGCUCAGAGUCCCGUUACUAUUCCAAGUCCUGGGAUAAUAUCCUGUCUCCGAGUCGGCACAGGGCCGAGUUCCCAGCCACCGACUGCCGCAGCUACGAGACCCUGCCCCUUCAGGAGAGGCCCGGCCGCUCAGCCGAGUCCAGGCGCCGGCCCACCGUGGUCAACCUGUCACGGUCCCCCCAGCGCUACGCGGCGCUGUCUCUGUCCGAGAGCUCCCUGGCUGACAAACUCCAGGGGGACGGGGGCAGGGGAGGCCAGGGGCGGGCCUGGUACAUCACCCCCGAGAUCACCAUCACUGACAAUGAGCUGCGGGCUAAUGGGCCAGCGCAGGCCCGUGGUAGACCCGAACCGAGCCGACAGCAAGCCUUGGAUGGAGGCAAUGGCCUCAGCGCCUCCUUCAAUGACCUGCUCUCGUGUAACCUGGAGCCGGGGCUGGGCCCCGCAUCAUCGUCGGCGGUUGGAGGAGGUGGAAGGGGAGGGGGAGGUUGCCCUCACAGGCCUGGGAAGCAGCAGCAGCUGGAUGACGUGCUGGCCGACCUGGUGAUCGACACCUGCAAGACCCCAGCCGCCAAACCCAGCGACUCGGAUGCUCUGGUCGACCAGCUAAGGAGGCUGAUCGCGGCUGAGGACCUGUCUGGUGACCGCGGUGUGAGGACUGUGCUGGUGCACACCAGCGAGCCGCAAAAGGCCAAGGCCCAUCCAGGGAUGUUAGGCCCAGGCCCAGGCCCGGAGCCCCACGGCCUUGGACUGGGCCUAGGCCUGGGCCCGGGCCUGUCGCGGAGCCCCAGCUACCCAAGUCCUUGCAAUGGGCCUCCCCAAGAGCGUGGCGCCUCAGAUGACGUGGACACCAUGAUGUGCUCAAACCUCAAGUGUGGCUUGACGGAGACUCUGUUCAACGCGAGGCUUUACUUCAAGUCGUGCCACAGCUGCUACACGUACUACUGCUCGCGGAACUGUCGCAAGGACGACUGGGAGAUGCACAAGGAGGCCUGCGUCUACGGCCGGGUCAGCAGCACCUGCAAGCGGGUGCUCAGAAGCUGCCGCGAGAACCAGGCGGCCCACAAGGCCUUCUCCCGCAUCGCCAGGAUGGGCUACCUGUCCCGGGGCAAGGGGGUCCUGUUCCAGGGCUUUCCCAACCCAGGCUCAGCCGACAACUUCCUGCAGUAUGGCCUGGAGAGCCUGCUGCUGGCCCCCACCUACCUGUCGCUGCGAGAGCUGGACGGCUACGCCGAACCGCUGGGCGAAUACCUGAGGGAGAUCCAGGAGGCCGCCCAACUCUACGACCCAGAUGAGUGCUUCCUGCUGAACGUGUCGAUCGCCCUGGGUCAGAAGGUGCCUGAGAACCCGUCCCCCCGGCUCCAGACGCCGACGGUCCGCAGGUUCGCCAAGAUCGCGCUGGCCUCCAGCAGCCCUGAGAAGAAGGGCAAGGCAUUUAGGGCCGACGACGAGAUGGAGACCCUCAUCCUGACACCGCCGCCAGGGACCAGUGACAUUGCACAGGAGGAUGAAGCAGGCCGCAGGGCACGAGAGGUAUGCUUCAUCAAUGUCCAGCGGGAGCUCCGUAUCCGAGGGGUUUUCCUGCGACAUGAAUACCCCCAAAUCUACCAGGAUCUCUGCGAGUUUGUGGAGAACAAUAAGAGAUUUACCCCCACGACCAUUUACCCCAUUGACAAGAGAACGGGCAAACAGUUCAUGUGUAUGAUCAUGGCCGCCUCCGAGCCACUGACUCUCGAGUGGGUUCGCAAACCCAAUCUGCUGGAGGACAUGAUGUGAGGCAGCUCCUGUUUAAUAUCUUUGUAGAUAUUGUAUUUUAUACAAGGACUCUCUGCCAAGGAGCUGGGCGUGAUCUGAAAGGGAGAAGGCCAAUUCCCAGGGUGGGCUUUCUCACACGCACCCCACCCCCCUCACUCUCCUCUCCACACAGCCUUGCCACCCUGUAACCCCAACUGGGCCUAGCAGAGCAACUGAGGCCAUAGAGAGAAACUGCCACGUUGUGUUUACAACCGGGAUGCUUUUAUUUGAAGUGUCUGGGAAACUCAAGUUCCUGUGGAUGGGAAAACUGUAAAAGGCGAGAAAACUGGGCUUUCGCUGCCAUAGCUAGACCAAUCUCUCCCAGUUGCAGUGAACCUUCUGUUCCCCUCCUGAUCCACUGUUUUCAAAUGUCAGAGUGAGUUCCUGUCUUUCUGAGGAGCAUGCAAAGUUCCAGUCAGGUCGAAAUGGGGGUGGGUUUGUGUGGCGCCCAGAGGCAAGUGGUGGAUUUGAAACUAAUAUCCAUAAAGCUGUCGCUGCAAAGGGAAGGAGGUUUCAGGGUAUCUUUUGUCGAGUGAGUUAUUACGGUAAUAAUGUGUCCAUCAUGGCCUCUUUCUGUUCCUCAACAACGCAAUCACAGUUGUGAGCCAUGGUGGGGGGGGGAGCAGAAACUGAGAAUGGAGUUUAGGGAGAAGGCCAUGGGCUUCAUAGACUGUUAGAUUACAGCUUGCUGAGUGCUGCCAAGAGUUGGGAAAGUGGGAAGAUAUUUCCGACAGUGGUCUCAGCCGCACAUUGACAAAAAGACUUACCAAAGCUAAAAUAGGAACAUAUAUGUCCCUCCUACACCCCAGUCGGGAAUGGAACUCCGAGCUCACUGUGUUACAAUCUGAAAUAUAGAAGUCAGGAGUGAACACUUAGCCAUACUGUUUACGUACAAACUGGGACAGUAGGUCAAACACUGUCAUUUCACACACUGGGACAGUGGGCCAUAGACUUGGACAAUGAGUCACAUACUGACAUUUCCCAAUGUGAGAUAGUGGGUUGUACACUAUCAUUUCACACGCUGGAACCGUGGUUUGGACGCACUCUCAUUCACAUUUCACACACUAGGACCAUUUAUUUCAUAUUGCGACGAGUAACUCACCUCCUGAGUCCCCAAAGCCUGUCCACCAUAUGUAAGGCACAAGUCAGGAGUGUGAUGGAAUACUCCCCACUUGCCUGGAUGAGUGCAGCCCCAACAACACUCAAGAAGCUUGGCACCAUCCAGGACAAAGCAGCCGCUUGAUUGGCACUACAUCCACAAGCUCCACUCCCUCCACCACCAACAUUCAGUAGCAGCAGUAUGUACUAUCUACAAGAUGCACUGCAGAAAUCCACCAAAGACCCUCAGACAGCACCUUCCAAACCCUGGACCACUUCCAUCUAGAAGGACAGGGGCAGCAGACAUAUUGGGAAUACCACCACCUCCAAAUUCUCCUCCAAGCCAUUCACCAUCCUGACUUGAUAGUAUCGUUGUUACUAGGUCAAAGUCUUGGAAUGUGCUGCCUAAGGGUAUUGUGGGCCAACCCACAGAUGGUGGACUGCAGCGGUUCAAGAAGGCAGCUUGCCGCCACCUUCUCAAGGGCAGCUAGGGACAGACAAUAAAUGCUGGCCAGCCAGCAAUGCCCACAUCCCACAAAUGAAUAGAAAAUAAAAAAUUUUAAAAAACACUGCGGACCACACAUUGUAAUUUUACACACACUUUUGACACACUGUCAUUUCACACACUAGAACUGUGUGUUACAAACCAUUUGGGACUGUGAAUCACACAAUCUGACUUCACAGCCUGGGACUGUGAAUCACACACUGACAUUUCACUGAUACUGCAGGUUACACACUUCACACACUGACAGUUCAUUGCACACUGCUGCUUCACAUACUUGGACAAUGGCUCUCACAUUGGGACUGCUCACACACUAUGACCGUAAGACAUAGGAGUGGAAGUAAGGCCAUUCGGCCCAUCAAGUCCACUCUGCCAUUUAAUCAUGGCUGAUGGACAUUUCAACUCCACCUCCCUGCACUCUCCCCGUAGCCCUUGAUUCCUUGUGAGAUCAAGAAUUUGUCGAUCUCUGCCUUGAAGACAUUUAACGUCCCGAUCUCACACACUUUCCACAUUCAGACAAAAAUAAUAUGAUUUUGACAAUUGUUAUUUCUAAUCAGUGUUUGAUGGGGGUAGUGCAGAGGAGGUUUUACUUUCAGUUUUAAACUGUAGAGGAGGCUUUACACUAUAUCUAAUCCCAUGCUGUACCUGUCCUAGGAGUUUUUGAUGGGGACAGUGUAAACUUUCAGUUUCUAUCCUGAGGAGGGGGAAAGGGCAUUUGGUUUAACCCUUGUUUAAAAGACAGGCUCUCCAACAGUGUGGCUCCUGGUCCUGGACAUGAAUGGAGAAUAUAACGGCCUAUUCUCUGGUGAGUUUGGUGGUGGGUGUGUGUUUAAUCAGGUGGGAGGGUGACAAGUUGGGUCACUGUGCUUUGCUUGAUGGGGUCUGCAGAGUGAAGGCUAGUACCCUGCCCUCCUACCCAAUCAAUUGAGGUCCUUAAGAGGUAACUAAGAGUGUUUUGGAGCCUAGUCUUGUUCUCGGGCCUUUGCUGGCAUUCAGCCAGUGGUCAGGCUGGUCUCAGUCAAUAGAGAACAUGAUCGGCAAACUGAUGGGAUGUUUGACAGCAGUGCUAGCUGGUGAUUAAAUGAUCAAGGGCAUGGGCAGAUGCCCGAUUGAGUAGGCCAGCAUUAGGAAUUGAGUCCUGCUGAGACACAGCCAGCCAUCCCUACCCCACCCUUGGCUCUGAGCAUCUCCCCCUCCCUCUCCUGUAAGGCCACUAUCGCAGCCUGCCACUCAUGCCUGGAGGGGCAGCAGAAUGUGCCACAGAGCUCGCCCGGAAAGUGGUGAGGGAGGCCUGCUCCUCGCCAGGUCUGCAGCUUUCUGCUGUGAUCCCCUGCCCCUUCUCUUUAUGAGAUGGCAAGAACUGUCAAUGCUGGAGUCAGAGAUAACACAGUGUGGAGCUGGAGGAACACAGUAGGCCAGGCAGCAUCAGAAGAGCUUUUCUUUAUGAGACAUGGUUGAAUUUUUGUCCCAGUGUCCGCAGUGAGUCUGAGCAGCCCUGUCCCUCCAACCCACACCAAGUGUGGACAGUCAAUGACUCAUGGUCUCAGGUGAUUUUCCAUGCUCCAUCCCCUGCUGUUCUAGCCCUCCAUGAAUCACCUGUUCCCUCCUUGCCUUCUGAUCCCUGCCCUCUCCCUCACCUCCUCUCCCAUUUCCUUUUGCUGUUCCCUCAUACUAUGCUCCAGUUACAUCACUCCAUCGAUUUCUCCUUGCAUCAUCUCCUUCUGCCCUCACUUCAGUUCCACACCCCCUCACUCAAACUUCCUCACCAUCCCAUUCCACCCCCACCCCUCCACCUCCUCUCCCUUAUCUGGCCUACGUCCCCCAUCAUCCCUUCUCUCAAUUUCUACCCGUGUAUGGGAUGUUAUUGUUCUGUUGUAUCGAUGGUCUGUACAGUAUUUUAAAGUGACAGAGAAUGUUGACUCUGGAUUCCAAUGACCCGGUCUAUACAGCGCGCACCCGGCGAGAGUUGCUGAACCAACUGGAACCAUAACUGGACUAGACUGCUUUUAUUCUCUCUCCGGACGUCCAGAGCAUGGUCUCGAUGUACGGCUUAGAGACCUGGAAAUGAUCCCAGUGAAAACAUCCCAUGAUUCCACUGAAAUCUGCCAGUGAACCUGGUGAAAUCUGCCAGUGAUCCUGGAGAAAUAGUGAUGGUUUAAUCAGCCACUAGCCUGUUAAGUCACUCAGUGAUCUAGUUAAAUCAGUCAAUAAUUCCAGUUUAAUCAACUGGUGAUCCUGGUUGAAUUAGCCUGCAAGCUAGUUAAAUCAGCCAGUGAUCACAGUUGAAUUAGCUGGUGAUCCAUUUAGCUAGUGAUCCAUUCAGCUGGUGAUCCUGAUUAAAUCAGCCAGUGAUCCAGGAUACAGUGGGAUUCUGAGAGGUCAGGGAUGAAGGAGGACACCUAGUGGACGGCAGAGACUGAUUUGUUAAUUACAAUCUUCCAUUGAUCUGUGCGAAGCAGUCCAGUCCUGAUUCUGGUCCUGGUCAUGAUUUGAUUCCAGUUCUGGCUUUAGUUUUGGGAUUACUCCUCCUCAUGAUCCAAGUCCUGGUCCUAGUUCUGGUCCGAGCCAGGUUGUUGAUUCUAUUCUGGUUCUAUUCCUGAUCAUGGCUGCAUUGUUUCUUUAUAUCACAACUUCCAGGAUGACUGUAAUUUCUAGUUGUCAAGACAGCAGUGAUUAAAAAACUAAUACUUCAGGUUCAGUUGCUCAUUGUGUGUUGUUUUCGAUUCUGUACAGUUGUUCAUGUGUUCUUCUCUACAUAUUUCCAUGUAUGGAACUGGUUUUAAUUGAGUGUGUAUGGGUUCAACUGUAUAUGUGUGUAUGUUUGAGAAAAUAAGCUGCAUAUGAUCAUUUGUCUAUCCAGAAGUCUCUCUGCAAGUGUGUUUCUCUCACAUAGUGUGUCUGGAUUUUUAAGAAGAAAUUACUCAUGAGACAUCACUAGGAGAGGCGAGCCGCCUCUUGAACUGUUGCAGUAUCUUGGGUUUAGUCCCUCAAUGCUAGACAGAGAAUUCCAGGAUUUUGACUGAGAUAUAUUGAAGGAAUAGCAACUUGCAAAGAGAUAUUUAAGGAUGGUGUUUGCUGAGGUUUGCUGCCUAAAUCUCAUCUAGAUGGUAGAAACUGUGGGUUUGAGAGGUGCUGUGGAGAUUGGGGAGGUGCUAAAUGAUUAUUUCUCAUCUGUUUUCACUGAGGAACAGGAGAAUAUUGUAGAGGAGAUGACUGAGUUACAGGCUACUAGAAUUGAAAGGAUUGAGGUUAGUAAGGAGGAGGUGUUAUCAAUUCUAGAAGGUGUGAAGGUAGAUAAAUUCCCUGGGCCAGAUGGGAUUUUUCCAAGGAUUGUCUGGGAAGCUAGGGAGGAGGUGGCGGAGCCUUUAGCCUUGAUCUUUGAGUCCUCAUUGUCUAAGGUUUAGUACCAGACGACUGGAGGAUUGCAAAUGUUGUGCCCUUGUUCAAGAAGGGCAGUAGGGAUGACCCAGGUAAUUAUAGACCUGUGAGCCUUACGUCUGUUGUAGGAAAAGCUUUGGAAAGGAUUAUAAGAGAUAGAAUUUACAAUCAUCUAGCAAGCAACAAUUUGACUGGAGAUAGUCAGCAUGGAUUCGUCAAGGGCAGGUCGUGUCUCACAAACCUCAUUGAGUUUUUUGAGGUGACCAAGCAUGUGGAUGAGGGUAGGGCAGUUGACGUGGUGUACAUGGGCUUCAGUAAAGACUUUGAUAAGGUUCCACACGGUAGGCUAUUGGACAAAAUACAGAGGCACGGGAUUGAGGGAGAUUUAGCAGUUUGGAUUAGAAACUGGUUUUCUGUAAGAAGGCAACGAGUGGUGGUUGAUGGAAAAUAUUCAGCCUGGAGUCCAGUUACUAGUGGUGUGCCUCAAGGAUCUGUUUUGGGACCACUGCUCUUUGUCAUUUUUAUAAAUGACUUGGUCGCAGGCAUUGGUGGAUGGGUUAGUAAGUUUGCAGAUGAUACUAAAGUCGGUGGAGUGGUGGACAGUGUGGAAGAAUGUUGCAGGUUGCAGGGAGACUUGGAUAAACUGCAGAAUUGGGCCGAAAGGUGGCAAAUGGAGUUUAAUACGGAUAAAUGUGAGGUGAUUCACUUUGGGAGGAAUAAUAGGAAGGCAGAAUACCAGGUCAAUGGAAAGAUUCUUUUUGUCGUGUAGAUGUGCAGAGGGAUCGUGGUGUCCAUGUACAUAGAUCCCUGAAAGUUGCCACCCAGGUUGAUAGUGCUGUUAAGAAGCCUUACGGUGUGUUAGGUUUUAUUGAUCGAGGGACUGAGUUCCAGAGCCGUGAUGUCAUGCUGCAACUGUCCAAAACACUAGUGCGGCCUCACUUGGAAUAUUGUGUGCAGUUCUGGUCAUCCCAUUACAGGAAGGAUGUGGAAGCAUUGGAAAAGGUGCAGAGGAGAUUUACCAGGAUGUUGCCUGGUCUGGACUGCAGGCCCAAUGAAGAAAGGUUGAGGGACUUGGGUCUGUUCUCAUUGGAGAGAAGGAGGCUAACUGGGGAUUUAAUAGAGACAUACAAGACGAUGAGAGGAUUAGAUAGGGUGGACAGUGAGAGUUUUUUUCCGAGGAUGAUGACUUCAGCUUGUACAAGGGGGCAUAGCUGCAAAUUGAGGGGUGACAGAUUUAAGACAGAUGUCAGAGGCAGGUUCUUUACUCGGAGAGUGGUAAGGACGUGGAACGCCCUGCCUGCCAAUGUAGUUAACUCAGCCACAUUCAGGGCAUUUAAACAGUCCUUGGACAAGCAUAUGGAUGAUGAUGGGAUAGUGUAGGGGGAGGGGCUUAGAUUAGUUCACAGAUCGGCGCAACAUCGAGGGCCGAAGGGCCUGUUCUGCGUUGUAUUGUUCUAUGUUUUAUGUUGAAGGCACUUGAUGAGUCACCUUGUACUUGACCUUGGGACAUUAGCAUCACUGUUGCCAUACCAUCAUUCUUGCUUAGGGCCAUUCCAAGUGACAGUUACGAGUCAACCACAUUGCUUUGGGUCUGGAGUCACACGUAGGCCAGACUGAGAAAGGAAUACAGAUUUCUUCCCUAAAAGUCAUUGGUGAAUCAGAUGAGAUUUUACAACAAUUCAUGACAGGUUUAUGAUUAUUCUUAGUGCCACUAGCAGUUUAGUUUUAGAUUUUAAUUAAUUUCAUAAACAGCUAAAACCGUCAUAUUAGGAAUUGAACUCAAGAUCUUAGGAUGUUGUUCAAUAGCAAAACUACUGUAGGAUAGUACCCUUUAUGCAAAUGCAUAAUUUUUAAAGUCUGUAUGUUUCUGUAACAUAUAGCUGUGUGAGUAUGCUUAUGUAUGUGACUGAGUGAAUAUCCACAUUGGAUGGGACUCUGUCUUUGAAUAAAUGUGUGUUUAUAUGCACUGACCUGUAUUAAUGUGCCUGUGUGUAUCUGGAUAUCUAGGAUGACCUACUGGGAACUUAUUUGGGAAGCGUGUGCCAAUAAUCUAGCCCCCACCCCCUAUUUAACAAGCCAUCCCAAAAAAUAUGUAUUAACUCAGAUUUGAUCACCAAGAUGACCAACUUGCCUGGUUAACUGCUAUUCAGGACAAAAUCAAUUCACUCCUGAACAGUAAAACUCAUUCUAUUGAUUGUAAUUUUAUCAAGAGCAGCGAAAAGAAAGGAUUCCUAGUUUGUGCAACUUAAACCGUACCCCUUCAUCAGUAAACUUUGCACGGUCAGGAAGAAGAGUUCAGAUCCAGAGUGAGAGACAGCCCUAGUAAGUAUGUAGUUCAGGGACGUUGGAAGCAGUGUGGGAGUUCAGUGCGAAGGGGAAGAGGCGCAUCUUCUUGCUUUCAUUGGCUCAUAGUUUGCAAGUUUUUUUUAAACAGGGUAAAUCAAAGUCCAGCAUUAGGGACUGAACACAAACACUGACAGAGGUAAACCAUAAGUUCACUGGUUGGUACUAACUGCUAAUUUGACUAUCUACUGUAAGAUGUUUUCAGAUUAAAGGCAAUUAGAAGAAAUAUCUUACAGGUUAAAACUAAAAGACCAACAGAAAAGUUAAUAAACAAAACAAACUAAGAGUUAAAUAAACAAAAUAGAGAUGCCAGACCAGGUGAUGUAUUGUACCUGCAUGAUGUGGGAGCUGGUGGACCCCACUGUGGUUCAUAAUGACCACAUCUGUAACAAGUGUUGGUCACUUGAGGAACUCUGGCUUGGAGUGAUUAGUGGAGUCUGAGCUUAGAACCCUGCGACCUACCAAGGAGGGGCAAGAGUUACCUUGAUGCAGAUUUGCACAUUCCAAGGUCCAGGACUAUGUGCUGAGGGACACACUAAAGCUUGGGGCAGCUGUCACCAAGACAUAUGGUCUGAGGUCUUCCUGCUGAAGGUAAAUGGAGAUCCUUUCAGUUACUGGACCCUCUAGUGUGUCAAAUAUAUGUAAAUAUUAGUUGUGUACGUGUA